AUGGCUGUCGAAGGCAAACAACUGCAAAAUCCGUCAGGUCUGUCUACCGGUGGUUGUACAAUUUACCUUGUUGUCGCUGUGGAUCACUGCUUCCCUGUCACUGGUAAAGGAACUGUUAUGACUGGCACAGUAAUCGAAGGAUGUAUAAAAAUUGACCAAGAAAUAGAAAUACCUGCACUAAAGGAGAAGAAAAAAGUGAAAGGACUCGAGUCGUGGAAGCAGCCUGUUGAGAAGGUGACAGCAGGUGAACGUGCGGCGAUAUUGGUUCAGCAGCUCAACUCGGACUCCAUCUCUCGUACAAUGAUCUGCUCCCCAGGAGCGCUGACAGAGGUGAAAUCAUGCAUAGCUUCUGUGAAAGCGGUGACUUUCUAUCGUGGCAACGUCUCGUCAGGCAUGAAGGCGCACAUCUCCACGGGUUUCGAUACGGUCAUGGCCGAAUGUCAAUUCUUGCGACCAGACGGUGGUGAAUAUGAGCAAUUGACAUCGCUCGAAGAGCCAUGUAUUUGCUGGAUGACCUUCGAUCGUUCGGUUUAUACCCGUCCUAACACUUUCUACAUUGCCUCGAAAUUGGAUCAUCAGGGACGUGGAUGUCGUUUCCUUUUCCAUGGUCAUUUCGAGGAGUUUCUCAAGGAACCAAAAGUUCGGCGUUUUGUUCGGCGGUUACGAAUUGGCCGAGCAGAGAGAGUAGAAAACGUGCGAAGCAUCGUAUGCAACUCACUUUUCAAGAAAGAAACCAAGAUCAGUCUAUUUGAACACAUGCCGGUAACCCUGAGCACUGGCGAAAUCGGCCGAGUGGUCGGUGCAUUUGGGAAAGGCGGUAAGGCUCGUAUCGAAAUGACCGUGCCACUUGCCGAUGAAACCGUGGAAAAGAUCGGAGCUGGUGAAGUUGUUGAAGUAAGAAUGCAUUUGAAGAAGUACCUCGGAGAAAAGGCGCUUCAAGGCUAUUUGCCAGAAGGUAACGGCUAG